UCUCCACAGCACCAGAAAACCUUCAGAAUCAGCAACUUGCUUUGCUAUCCUGUCAGUAGGCUAUUGUGGUGCAACAACAGACUUGGGAUUUUAAUUCCAUUGUCCUUUUGAAAUCUCUAAAUCUGAAAAGUGACCAGGUCAACAAAAAGGCCAAAACUUUGUAAGAUCUUUUGGGGAUGUGGUAGAAAGGAACUUUGGGUAGGUGGGCACAACCUGGAUGCAGAUAAAAAGGAAAGGGAGGGGCAAACAGUACUGUGUUCCCUAAUUUAAAAAUUGCUUAACACACACAUGCAGAACCUGACUGAGGACAAGACCUAAGUCUUCUCUCUCACAGGAUUAAAGGUUGUAAAAAUGGAAGUGGUCUCCACAUCAGUUGGCAACUUUACUAUUGAUCUUUUCAACAAGCUGAAUGAGAAGAACAAGGGAAAAAACAUUUUCUUCUCCCCUUGGAGCAUAUCAGCUGCUCUGGCUCUGACAUACCUGGGAGCAAAAGGAACUACAGCAACUGAGAUGGCAGAGGUCCUUCAUUUCACCGUGGGAGCAGGAGCUGAAGCUGCUUCUUCUGUGGCCAGACCUUCUCGGGGGAGACCAAAGAGAAGAAAAUUGGAUCCUGAGAACAAGCAAACUGCAGAUAUUCAUUCUAGCUUCAAGAAGCUCCUGACUACCAUCAACAAACCCAGAAGCACCUACUCCCUGAAAAGUGCCAACCGCAUUUACGUGGAAAAAACCUUCCUAUUAUUGCCUACAUACAUACAGCUCAGUAAGAGCUACUAUGAAGCAGACCCACAGAAGGUUAACUUUAAGACAGCACCAGAACAGACAGGAAAGGAAAUCAACACUUGGGUUGAAAAACAAACUGAGGGCAAAAUCAAGAAUUUGCUGGGUCCACGAGAUGUGACAAACUCCACCAAGCUGAUCCUGAUAAAUGCCAUUUACUUCAAGGCAGAAUGGGAAGCGAAAUUUAAGGCAGAAGAUACAGAACUGCAACCCUUCCGACUGAGCAAGAACAAGACCAAGCCUGUAAAGAUGAUGUACAUGAGAAAAACAUUUCCAGUCCUCAUCAUGGAAGCAAUGAAUUUCAAAAUGAUUGAGUUGCCAUAUGUGAAACGUGAACUCAGUAUGUUCAUCCUCCUUCCUGAUGACAUCAAAGAUAACACUACGGGUCUUGAACAGCUGGAAAGAGAACUGACAUUUGAGAGGCUGUCCGAAUGGACUGACUCCAAGAAGAUGACCGAGACUCUUGUGGACCUGUACCUACCUAAAUUCGAAAUGGAAGAGAGAUAUGACCUCAGCGAUAAUCUGAUCAGGAUGGGAAUGCGCAGUGCCUUCAGCAGCAAUGCUGAUUUCAGUGGAAUGACAGAGAAGGAUAGAGUGAUGAUCUCCAAGGUUUUCCACAAGUCUUUUGUUGCAGUUGAUGAGAAGGGCACUGAGGCAGCUGCUGCUACUGCUGUCCUUGUAGAACUAACAAGUGCACAUGAUAGCUAUGUUCUGAAAUUUAGGGUUGACCACCCUUUCUACUUCUUCAUCAGACACAACAAGUCCAGGAGCAUCCUUUUUUUUGGUAGAUUCUGCUCUCCUGUAGAAUGAAUAAUUACUUGCUCUCAGACAGCAACCAAGGUUCACUGUUCAAUGGAAAAAAUGUGAACUGUGGUGCUAAAAUCUCAACCUUAAGCCAUGUAGCCACCUGUACUGAAGUGCUUGUUCUUUUCCUUCCAACCAACCUCCCUCAAAGAAGGCAGCAAACAGAAACUAUCCUGAGCCACCAAAGAACAGCCCUCUACUGUUUCCUUCUAUUGUCCUAAUGAGACAGUCCUAAACAGAAAAGAAAGCACAGAAUUUUGCUCCUUUUUAUCAAACCUGCUCUUCUGGCUUUGUUGUAUAAAAGUAAGUGGAGUCAUAAAAGCUCUCUGCACACAGCCCUAUGUCAAAUGCUGACUACAAGGGAAAUGCAAUUCAUUCUUUUGACUCUUGCAGAGAGGAUAAAGAACCCUGAAAAGAAAAAAAACAAACUUGUAGAAAUCUGUAUGCUCUCUUUUUCUCUCCUUCCCUCACUGGGAAACCUGCAUUUGUACUGCAAUGCUAUUUUACAACCUUAAUUUCAAAUUUCAAUGACUGUUGGAAUUUAACAAAAUUUAAUACAAAUCCAGAAUAAUCUCAGAAUGCCCCUUACCAUCCCUUGUCUCACCACAUGUAUAUAAGCACAUCACAUUCAUUCUCUCCUGCUCUUUCAGCUUUCUGAAAAAGUAAGACUGUGAGAGAAAAUUGUCCAACCCUUAAUAUUAAAUUGCUGACUUCUAAUCACAUUGCAUUUUUUUCCUCAUUUUCCUAAAUUUUUUAGUUUAAGGUUGUUGAGAUUUCCAACCAGCAAAAAUGCUAAGCAAACUAUUAACAACAUGCCUUCUUACCACCUUUUUUAUUGAUAUGUAAUCUAAACCUGUUAGAAUUUAAAUCUGCUUCCUCUUUUUAAUUUUACUUAGUUAUACCUGUUUCCUGGUUAAUACCUGCAAAGCUUCCUUGCCACCUGUAAUAAUGACCAAUGUUUGAUUUGUACCUUAUAAGUGCAUCUUAGCAAAGAUAUUUGUGGUAUUGACAGAAACACCAGUGAAAUUUUGAUUUUGACUGAUGCUUUACUUACUAUUUUAC